AUGAGGCGGUUCAGUUUAAUUGGAAGAUUAGAUUUGGUAAACUUGAGACUUUCAGUAGCAGAACCAAUUUUGAGGAAGCAAUGGGCUCUUACAGGUACUUGUCAAUUCAUUCGUAUUGGCAAAGGUUUUUUUAUUAUCAAACCUGUGAAUGAGGAGGAUAUAAAAUUGGUGUACGAGGGUUUAUGGGAAGUAGAUUCCCAAUUUUUGAAGCUUCGUUUCUGGGAGCGUGAUUUUAAACCUGAAGAACAAAAUUCAUCAAGUGCCUUUGUAUGGAUGUUAUUUCCUGGUCUCAGUAUUGAAUACUGGCGUGAAGAUAUACUCAUGUCUAUGGGUAGUGCAAUUGGUAGACCAAUUCAUAUUGAUUCUACAACUCUGAAGAAAGUAGUUGGAUAUUAUGCUAGCAUUUUGGUUGAGAUUGAUAUUACAAAAACUAUUCCAAAUAAAGUUGUAGUAGAAUCAAAUUUGAACAAGAGAUUAGGCUAUCUAAACUUCCUAAAUUCUGUAGAAGGAAAAAAUUGUGAAGAAGAAGAAGUUGCAGCUAAUAUUUCUGCAUUUCAGAACACUACUCCUGCAGUUAAUAAGAAUAAAGAUUUUAAUGGUCUUUUGGAGUCUCCAAUUAAUUUUCCUCCCUUAUCUGUAGAAAAAAUUAUAGAUGUGGGUGCAAGGACACCAACUUCAGAAGGUUGGAAGGAAGUAACUGGCUCCAUUGCUAAAUUCAAGAAUGCACAUAAUAUUAUUAAUUCAGGUACAUAUUUUGCUUCUCCUGGUAAAUUUCAAUCCCUUGUUAAGGUUGCAGAGAAACAGGAGCAUAUGUUUUCUAAAGUGAUUAGUAAACCUGUUAAGGGGAAAAAGCUUAAAAAUGUACCAAAUGUGGUCACUAGGAAGCAAGCAAAUAAUUCAGUUAAGUCUAUUUCUAAUAUGGGAAAUACUGAGCCCAAAAUUAAUGUUUCUAGUAGUGAUUUUAAAAGUUUGAAUUUACCUGGAAUGAGUAAAAUGGUCAUACACAACUCAACUGAUUAUAAAAAAAGGAAUAUUUGGCUUUUCUGGAAUUCAUCCCUUUCAAGACCAGGGGUGGUUUCAUCCACAACUCAAGCUAUUACUGUUCAAGUGGGUGAUGUUAUGGUAACUGGAAUUCAUGCAGCCUGUCUCACUGUGGAUAAAAGAGAUUUAUGGGAAGAAUUGAUUAAUAUUAGUCAAAGAAAUUUCCCCUGGAUGAUAAUUGGGGAUUUCAAUUUGGUGUUGAGCUAUGAUGAAAAAACUGGGGGCAGAAGACCUCUUAGAAUUUCAAUGCAAGAGUUCAGGAAUUGUUUAGAAACUUGUAAUCUUAUUCAAGCUACAAGAACUGGAAUCAAAUACUCUUGGUGCAAUAAUAGAGCUGGUAAAAAAAGAAUAUUAUAUGAUAUUGAUAAGGCUUUUUACAAUCUCAAAUGGCUGGAAAAGUUUACAGGUUGGUCAUAUAAAGUAGGUGCUAGGGAUACAUCAGAUCAUGGACCUCUUUUUGGUUCUAUUCCGAUUUUGAAGAAGUGGAAUUGGGAGGUUUUUGGUGAUCUCAGAAUUAAAAUGAAGACUUCAGAGGAUGAAGUACUUGCUGCUACUUUAUUGUCAGAUGCAGAUCCAGAAAAUAUUACGUUGCUAAAUGAUUUACAGCAAGGGGCAGCCAAGAAAUUCUGUCAAAACAAUAUAAUGAACUAA